AGGUGGAGGUUGAAGUUAAUGAUUCCCUGAUGAGGUUUUUUGAUCACUGUGCCAAGUUUGUGGCCUUGGUGGAGGAGAACGAUGCAGCCAUGCACCAGGUGAAUGCCUUCAAAGAGGGGCCAGAGAUGAAGAAGGUCUUGGAGAAGGUUGCAAGUGCCUUGUGUUUGCCUGUGGAGGACCUAAAUGCAGAUCUUGUUCAAGUGGCUUUUCUCACCUGCUCAUAUGAAUUGGCUAUAAAAAAUGUGACUUCCCCAUGGUGUUCACUCUUCAGUGAAGAAGAUGCCAAGGUACUGGAAUACCUGAAUGACCUGAAGCAAUACUGGAAGAGAGGAUAUGGCUAUGACAUCAAUAGUCGCUCCAGCUGCAUUUUAUUCCAAGAUAUCUUCCAGCAUUUGGACAAAGCAGUGGAAGAAAGCAAAAGUUCGAAACCCAUUUCUUCACCUCUGAUUGUCCAAGUUGGGCAUGCAGAGACUCUUCAGCCACUGCUUGCCCUGAUGGGUUACUUCAAAGAUGCUGAACCUCUCAUGGCCAACAACUACGCCAAGCAGGAGCACCGGAAAUUCCGCAGCGGCCGCAUCGUGCCUUACGCAGCCAACCUUGUGUUUGUGCUCUACCACUGUGACCAAGGGAACACCUCCAAGGAGGAGUACCAAGUGCAGAUGCUGCUUAAUGAACAGCUGAUGUUGUUCCAGCAUUCCAAUGAAACCAUCUCUACCUAUGCCGACUUAAAGGACUACUACAAGGACAUCCUGGAAAACUGCCACUUCCAAGAGGAGUGUGAAUUGCCCAAACUGAAUGCUACUGCUGUGGAUGAACUUUGA